AUACAAAGGUCAAUCAGUGACCCAGGACCUCGGCAACCAAGAUGGCGGACGAAGAGACGAUGAUUGUGAUCGCGAUUAUCGCACUUUUAGUGCUCUUAGCGUUCACAGUGUUCUUCUUUCUCGUGCAAUGUGGACUUUUCCACACGGUAGAUGUCCGUGCGGGAACGCCCCCCAUCCAGAACGUCACGAUCAUGUACAAGUUCCGGCAGGGGCCGUACAAAGACGCCGGCGAUUUCUUCACGGACACCAUAGAACUCGCCCCGACCAACAGGACAUUUGGGGUUUAUUAUGAUGAUCCCAAACAGGUGGAAGCUGAGCAGUGCCGCUACAUUGUUGGCUGUAUCAUCAGCGAGGGGAGGGAGGCUCCAGACAAGGAGCUGAUGGACAAGAUGGCCGCUGAAGGCUACACAUCCUUCAGGUUCCCUGCUGUCACUCAUGCUGUCAAGACUCAGUUCCCCUUCGCCAACCACGUCUCCAUUCUCAUAGCUACUGGCAGGGUUUACCCAUGUCUUGCUGCUUACAUCAAGGAACACCACCUGUGUGCACACCCAUGUCUGGAGAUCUACGAUGAAAACUACAUCCACUACAUGGCUCCGCUGGCCAAGCAGAUCCAGUUCUACGUGCCCGAGGUCAGGAGCGGCUCUCCCACCCUGUCCCUGGCAGAGACCACCAGUCCUGAGGACAGUCAGAGUGAUGAGGAGGGGGAAACCUCCUACAUGUCAGGAGACACGUCUUAUAACACCACUCUGGACUCCAGGGAUUUCAGCACUCAGGAAAUUCGUGAAGAGAUGGGCAAAGGAGAAGGGUCGGGGGAAUCAUCAUUUGAAGAGCUGGAGGUGGAAGACGAUUUGAAGGAGUGACCUGAAAAGCCAUCAUCAGAAACUGAAGGAUUUCUGUGCAAGGAUGUUGGACAUGGUAGUUUGUCUUGUCAUAGUGGGAAACAAUGGCACUCCCAGCAAUAAAUGUGUACAAAAAUGUGUAAGAGAGAGAAGAUAGUCUUCUGUAUGUUGAUGUUGACAGAUGGUCUACACCAUUGCUGAUCCUGUUAUGUUCAUGCAAUGUUAUUCAGCCUAGUAAUUUUCAUUUUCUAGACUUCUUUUAGAUAUUGGAGGAAAGUGAUAUAUACUGAGAACUGACUAGUGCAAAUACCGGUGUUGUCUUCGGACACUCUCAAAAGGGCAUUCCAUCCAAAGCCUACAACAUUUAGUAUCAUCAUAUACAUUUAGUAUACAUUGUAUAUAUUCAGGUGUCAACCAUGGUAGUUUGUACAAGUGCACAACUUCUCUUCAAAAUAUGUGCACCAGUAACUUCAAAGUUCAUGUUGUAAUUGUCCAUAAAGAAGAGAUGUCACAAGUCCAUGAAUUGUUGCUUUGGUUUGUUGCUUCUAAAAGGAGAGAGGUCAUUUGUGAAAACCCUUUUUUAGGUAUUUUGCAAUAUAUUUGUUCUUCCAAGCAAACAUUUUAGAUACAACUCUUUACAACAAGAAGAAAGGGAAGAUGUGUAAUGAGAGAGUGACAUCAUAUGGUAAUGGUAUUGCAUUGUUAUUGGGACCACCAAGGAAGUGAAAAACACUACUUUCCACAAAGUUGAAUACUACCUCAUUCCUUUGAAUACCUCCUUGAUGUAUGUUGUGUAAAUGUGUCUGUAAACAUUUUAACUUUGUAACUCUUUUACACAACUUCAAGUGCACAGAAGCAUCUACACAAGAGGUUAAGCUGAUGAAGAGAAACAUUUUCUUAGAGUUAAAUAUAUAAGUCCAGAAAUUUAACUCAGAAUACAUGUACAUGUGGAAAUACAGAUCUCUACUUAUAGCUUGUGACUUGUUCUGAAACAUGCUGUUUAACACAUACUAGUAACAUUCCAAAACUGUUGAACACAUUCAAUGUGUCAGUUGUAUGCCAACAUAUUUAUGUUGCUAACAAUUGAACUUGUUAAUGAUAUUUUUUUGCUAUAUUCUUAGAUAGGCAUUGAUAUUAAUGAGUUACAUAUUUAUCUUUGUUGAUGAUAGAUUAUGUCUUACAUUGAAUAAAAAGCUUAUUGAAAAAUA